GAUAGGCGGGAGGUAGACUCAGAACAAAAACACGCGCCGUCAGUUGAGUCAGUUAUGUAGAGUUCUUCGCUUUGUUCACAUCGCUCAGGAACAAAGCAAAACGUGUUGUAGUCAGCCCCGUACGUGAACCUAAGAAGUAACUUUUGUGGGAUUGAUGAAAAAGUAAUACAGUGCUUGAUUAUUGUUUCGGCUGUGGUUUUUUCGUUGACUUUUUUAAUUAGUAAACGUAAGUAAGAACGCGAUUGAAAAUUUGGUUUGUGCUUUGUUUUCUUAAACGGUACGUGAUCGUGGUGCUCCAGCUAUGACAAAGGAUUAAUUUAAAUGAGAGUGCUGGAUAACGGAAAAAAGUAAAUAGCUUUUGUGAUAUUUUGGGAUGACGGGUAACUGAAGAUGGCAUCACCAACACUUUCAAUAGAAUCCCUGACGAGAGCAAAUUCUAUCGGAUCAUUCAGCGAACCCCACGACUAUCUUUCACUUUCUCCCUUGGACGAUACGCCAUCGUCCACUAGCGGAUCUUCUCCACCAGUCAGCGACUCAUUCGACAGAGACAGCGACCCAUCAGAAAUCCAUUGCCAGCAGUGCAGAGAUCCAGUCUCCAAUCCUAAAUUGUUGGCUUGUUUCCAUACUAUUUGCAACUCUUGUCUUGACAAGAACAAGUGUGUGUGUCCACGUUGCAACGCCGGGCUGUUGGAAGGUAUUCUGACCACCGCCCUUUUCUCUUCAGAUUCAAACAACGAUUAUAUUUCAGCUCCUGUGCAUUGUACGGGUUGCAAACACAAGAAACUAGACGCAGUUGCCCGUUGUGUGGACUGUGCUAAUUACUUGUGUUCAAAUUGCGUGAUGGCACAUCAAUUCAUGCACUGCUUCGAAGGGCACAGGGUUAUGAACCUCGCUGAGAUCAAAGAUGAAUCCAGAAACGGCUUGAUCCCUACCGGCAUCAUUGGAAACUCUGAUAAAAUAUUGAGCGAAAAAAUGAUAUGUCACAAACAUAAAUCCGAAGUUUUCAAAUACUUCUGCAACACGUGUUUCGUGCCAAUUUGCAAAGAGUGUCUAAGCAUGGAUCACCCGGCAGCGCUUCACGAUUACGAACACUUGAACGAUGCUGCUCCCAAAUAUAUCGACGCUAUCCACCAUGGAAUCAGUGAGGCCAAGGGCAAAGCUACCGAUAUAAGAAAUGUUUUGAAGAAUGCGGAACACGUUUCAAGUCGCUUACAAGUCCAGUAUCACAAAGCUCAAAAUGAAAUCAAUGACACCUUCCUCUUCUACAGAUCCAUGCUGGAGGAAAGGAAACAAGAACUUCUCAAAGAACUGGAAAGUGUAUUCAGCGCAAAACAAAUAUCCCUAAACGUGGCGACGCAGAAAGGACAGGAAACGUGCGAACAAAUAAAUAAAACUUGUGAAUUCGUAGAUAGAUUGGGCAAAUGCGCUACAGUUGUUGAAAUUCUAAUGUUCAAAAAAAUACUAGAUACUAAGUUGCAGAGUCUCAUGAGUUGCAAUAUAGACCAAGCCGUACAAUCCGCUAGUGAACUGGAAUUCGUAUCCAAUUACCAAGCGAUUCAAGUUGGAGUUCGAAACACCUUUGGUUAUGUUAGAUCUAAUUCUGAGACAGUAGUCGGUCCAAGCAAACAGCCACCGAUUGCAAGACCUACCGGUGGAGGAGGAUCCAGUUCCAGUGGAAGUAGCGUGAACGGUAGCUCAGGAAGCUUGAACAGCGGUAUCCACUGCCCCUUUCCGUUGACUGGAUCCAGCCAGUCCACGUCACCGUUCGAAUCAAACAUAAUCAGCAAACGGUUCAGUAGUGCCAAUAGCUUAGGACCAUUCUCCACGACCAUGGGCGAUUUGAAUCUCAACGGCAUCAACCCUUACGAAAAGUGGUCGAACGGCGGAACCACCGAUAGCAUUUUCCAAAACGGAACCUCCGAUCCGUAUUCGCUAAGCAACACCCCUCAGAACGACCCCAUGCUAGAUCUGACAAGCAAGCUCAUGUCGACUGCGAUUUUCCCUCCGAAGUCUCAGAUAAAACGACAAAAGAUGAUCUACCACUGCAAGUUCGGGGAGUUCGGUGUGAUGGAGGGUCAGUUCACCGAACCGAGCGGAGUGGCCGUCAACGCCCAGAACGACAUUAUCGUAGCUGACACCAACAACCAUCGAAUUCAGAUAUUCGACAAGGAGGGUAGGUUCAAGUUUCAAUUUGGAGAGUGCGGCAAACGCGAUGGACAGUUGCUGUACCCGAACCGCGUCGCUGUAGUACGUACUUCCGGCGAUAUAAUCGUCACCGAGCGCUCUCCCACACACCAAAUCCAAAUUUACAACCAGUACGGCCAGUUCGUGCGCAAAUUCGGAGCGAACAUUUUGCAACACCCCCGAGGUGUAACCGUGGACAAUAAGGGGCGCAUUGUCGUUGUCGAAUGCAAAGUAAUGCGAGUUAUCAUAUUUGAUCAAACCGGUGCCGUGCUUCAGAAAUUCGGGUGUUCCAAACACUUGGAGUUCCCCAACGGCGUUGUCGUAAAUGAUAAACAGGAAAUCUUCAUCAGCGACAACCGAGCUCAUUGCGUUAAAGUUUUCAGUUAUGAAGGCGUUUACUUACGGCAAAUUGGCGGAGAGGGAAUUACUAAUUACCCCAUAGGAGUUGGUAUCAAUGCCAAUGGCGAGAUUCUCAUUGCCGACAACCACAACAACUUCAACUUGACCAUCUUCACCCAAGACGGACAGCUGGUGUCUGCUCUGGAGAGCAAAGUAAAGCACGCGCAGUGUUUCGACGUCGCCCUCAUGGAUGACGGUUCCGUUGUUUUGGCCAGCAAAGACUACCGGCUUUAUAUCUAUCGUUACGUACAGGUACCCCCCCUUGGCCUGUAGGCAAUUCCAGGCAGGGUCUCCAGCAGCCAUUCCCAACACUUUUUGUUGAUGCAUUUUUGAAUGGAGUGGUCGGAUGCUGGUCUGUUGAUUGUAUUAUUAUUUUUUUAAAGUUGUCAAAAUUGUCACGAUUAUUAUCGUCAUAGUUUUGUACCGUAUUUCACAUGUUGAUAUUUUUAAUAUUAUAACGUUUGACAAUGCGUAAGCUGGACAGCGUUGCCGCUUCGGCCACCUGUCGCCUAUGUUGUAUGACCAAAUUAUCAAUUUUUAAAACAGGGAUAUUAUUAUUCAGAUUAGAAAUGUUAACCAAGCAUCGCGUGGUGCCUGGGCCAUUGUUGUAAUUUAAAUUGAGCAGUUUCCGAUGAUAAUGAUCUAUUUUAAUAUGCGUGUAUGAUGUUGUGUAUGUUCUUAGAAAUAGAGCUCGUUGUUUGCGGGAUGCCGCGUUGUUACGGACCCUAGUCAACUACGGACUUUUGAAUUAGAUCUUUUUUUAUUGUUCUCUCUUUAUCCCCCACUUGUGGAUGUUUAUAUUAUCGAUGAAAUACGACCGCGUGCCGUGUGCCCUUAUUUCCAGCCGCUCGGGAUCGACCGUUGUCGGCAUUGUUUAUGUUUAUUUUUAGUUUUGUUAUUCACAAGUAAUAUUAGUAAGUGUGGUGCAUGCAAGCAUCUCUUCACCAUCUCUAUUUUUUUAAUUAGUUGUAGUUUUUUGUAGUAAUAUAUUUGUUUGUUAAUGCUGCCAAGUUUAAGAUAUCGAACUCGAGGGCACGUACGAGCUCUCGUAUUCCUGGGCCGAUUUGCGCCAUUCAAGACUAUAUACUUAGUAGCUAGGUUCUCGUUCAUUUAUUUUUUUUAUUUUUUUCUGCCCUCGGAAUAAAAUCAUGGGCUUGAUAGCACAAUACAGCCAACAGUUGAAGUUCGUGCGUCUUGUCCGACUAGCUUAAUGCUAAAUCAACUUCCAUCUGUCGAUACCCACUUCUUUUGUUACGACUGAUAAUGCUGCGAUAUAACUUGUUUUGUACAUCGUGUGGGUGCGAUGGAUACAUUUUAUCAGUAUUUGUUUUUUUGUUUGUUUUAUCCAGAAUCAAUCCCCGUGAUUUUUUUCUCGAUGGAACUCGAGUUUUUUUACAAUAAUUUAUAUCUUAUUAUUAUUUAAAUUAUAUCAUUGUUGUUUUUUGAGAUCAGGAGGCGAUUGAUCGCAAUUUCGCGAGGGCUGAGCGAUCUCAAUCCAAAUGCCAGCCCUCAAUUAGAGAUCCCUGCGGUAUCCAGGCUCACCGGCCGCCUCUUUCCUGGUGCCCAUUCGAUAAGUGUUAUAUGUUGUUUUAAAGUGUCAUGUUCGGAGUACACAUUUUUUUGUAUCGUUCUUGGACGUCCUGGGAUGGGCACCUUGAAACGCGGAAGACUCGGAAUGAGAACACUGGAUGCAACACGGCGCUCCGUUUUUUAUUACUACAUUUUUUAAACCUGUUGUUAUUAUAUAUUAGUUUAAUGGUAAAAUUGUUCUUAAAUUAAAUGUACAUUGUUUUGUUUUUCUUUGAUUUUUUGUUGUAAAUGCUUUUUUUAAUUAAUAAUACCAUUUCUUGCAGUUUUCAA